GUUUGCUCCCGGCGGGUCCGGAGGCUCUUCCAUGCCCAGGAGAAGAGGCCAUGGAACCCAUGCCCUCCCAAGCAGCCAGAGAGAAGCCUAGCAUCGGCUCUGCCUGGCGCUUUGUCUAUUACUGCCCUGUGCACUGCUUUGGCAGAACCUGCCUGGCUACAUAUCCAUGGAGGGACCUGCAAACGUCAGGAGUUAGGGGUAGCCGAUGUGCUGGGACCAGAAGAUCCUGAACUACUGACAAAGUUUUGUAUGAACCGUCAGACUAUACUUCUCCUCCGUGUCAUUGCUGGCUUCUGUUUCCUGGGCAUUGCCUGCAGUAUGACUGCCUUCUUGCUUGAUGUUUUUGGGCCCAAGCACCCAGCUCUGAAAAUCACACGUCGCUAUGCCUUUGCUCACAUUCUUACAGUUUUACAAUGUGCUACGGUGAUUGGCUUCUGCUACUGGGCCUCAGAACUUAUACUUGCCCUUCAGCAGCAGCACAAGCAGUACCAUGGUUCUCAAGUCUACGUCACCUUUGCUGUUAGCUUCUACCUGGUGGCUGGAGCUGGCGGAGCAUCCAUCUUGGCUACUGCGGCAAACCUCCUGCGUCACUACCCUACAGAAGAGGAAGAACAGGCUCUGGAGUUGCUGUCAGAGAUGGAAGCUGACUCUUACCCUGCAGAGUAUGAUGUCAUGAAUCCUUUCCAGCCUCCACCAGCCUACACUCCCUAA